UCUACUAGGAACACCAAUAAGCGAAAGGAUGGCAGUCUCUGUCUUGCUCAAUUCACUACACAGUGGGUUUGGUCGCUUCAAGCAACAAUACCUAAGUGAACCAAGAGAAGAAACAGUUGCAGAAUUUAUUCACCUUGUCAGAAAGGCUGAAAUAGUACUGGACUGUGAAGCCAAAGAUUUACUCAAGGCUAGAAAGAGACCAUUCAAGAAAGGUGGAAAGUCCAAGGGCAAUGCUAAAUCAAAGCAGGACAAGUCCACAUCAAGCUGUCUUUAUUGUAAUGGAAUAGGCCAUUACAAAAGAGAAUGUCCAAAGCUAAAGGAAGAUCAGAAGAACGGAACAGUCGUUCCAUCUUCAGGGACUAAGAAGAAGUAGAAAGUUAAGCAAGGGUGAAGUCGACCUACGAGUGGGAAAUGGAGCACGGAUUGCUGCAUUAGCUGUAGGAACUUACUAUUUGUCGUUGCCCUCCGGGCUAGUUUUGGAACUGGAAGAAUGUUUCCAUGUUCCAAGUCUUACUAAAAACAUCAUUUCAGUUUCUUGCUUAGA